AUGUCUCUCAACUGGGUAAUGCUUCAUGACCAGGAAGGCUUUGUCCGUCUCCCAAAUGAACGCUUAAUAUACUCCUCGCCUCCCCGCACAAGCGUAUCCUUGACCCCACCAUCCGGGUACAAAGGCACAGAGAAGCUCUCAGUUCAAAGCAGCGCAGGCUGUAUUCAUCUCACCAACCAAAGAGUCGUCUAUCUCCCCGCAAACAGAACAAAUGACUUCCAGUCCUUCUCCUCACCCCUUCUAAGUGUCAAGGACUCUCAUGUAUCAGCGCCUUUCUUCGGUCCCAAUGUAUGGACAGCGCUGGUACAGCCCGUAUCAGGAGGAGGCAUUUCACCAUCUCUGCCAGCCGUGCAGCUGAAAGUGACAUUCAAGGAAGGGGGAGCUUUUGAUUUCCACACCAACUUUGAGCGCAUCAAGGAACGACUGGAACAGGCCUUUGAAAAUACCAGUGAAGGCACUCGCGGUCAGCAAAACGUGGAUCUCUCGGCUGUCCAUCUGGAAGAGUUGCCCGCAUAUGAAGCGCCGCCCAAUGCUAGUCAGACCGGCGCUGCUCCCAGCGAACCACCCACAGAGCCUCCAAGCAGUCGAGUAUCUGAUGCAGGCACCGAGCCCGUGGAGCCACCUCCAUGCUAUGAGGCGGUCCAAUCGCAAAGUGUGGCAGAUGAGCUAGAGGCGAGGUUACGGCGAGCCAGUUGA